AUGUCUAUUGAAGAAAUUAUUGAAACAUUUGCUUGUCCAAAUGGAAAUAAUGUAUAAUAAAUAAUUGAUGAUGAUGUUGAAGAUGAAAUUUAGAGGUAGAUUUAAUUAAUAAUUUAGAAUAAUUUGUUAAAGUAAAGUACCUUUUUAGAAUUUUUACAUGUUCAAUAUUAAGGGAGAUGAUUUACAAUCUGAAAAUCCAUUAAAUGUUAAACUUCUAUAAUAAUUCAAUCAUUCCAGAUAAUUAUUCGGAUACUGUCUAAAAAUAGAUGAUUUUUUAGUUGAGGAUUAAAAUGGAAAAGCUUCCAUUUAUAUGAGUUUCGACAAGAUUUUAUGUUUUGUAACUUAUUUUCCAAUUUAAAGUUUGUUUAAAAAAUUAUUCGAAUAAAUUUUAUGUAAUAAUAAUGUAAAUUUAUUUAUAGUUAUAAUUAAAGUAACAAGAUAAAACAGUUUUAGAGUAAAAGAGAAACAGAAAAAAUUUAACGAAAUUGAUGGAGUAGGAAUAAUCAAAGUAAAGUGAAGAAUUUAUAAUAGUUAAUCGAAAAGCUCCUAAAUGCAUUUAUGUUGAAAAGUUCCUCAUAUUCUCUAACAGAAAAUAAUUAACAUAUCGAAAUCAAUUUUGCAAAAGAACUAGCUGAUUAAAAUCUUGAUGAAUAGAUGAAAUAGUUUUUUUAAUCUUCUAUAAUUUCAUACACAGUUCCUAGUAAGGAGGAUUUAUUUUUUGAGACUAAAAAACUAGAAGCACAUAUUGUACUAACCCUUUUUACAUUUGAAUAAUUUUAUAAGAUAUUUAUGGAAAUUUUGAAAGAAGGAAAAAUUAUAUUUUGUUGUUAGAAUUAGAAUUUAUUAACUUCAAUAACAUCAUUUUUCCAUACAAGUUUAUUUCCUUUUAAAUGGUUUCAUCAAAUUAUUUUUAAUCUACCAAUUGAUUCUUUAGCUCUUUUAGAAUUUAACCAGCCCAUAAUUUUUGGAGUUAAUAUGCAAUAUUAAUAAUUAAGAUUUUAAAGAAAUAUCUUAAUAGCAAACAAAAUACAUGAUAUAACAUAUGUGGAUAUCAAUGAGAGACAUAGGUUAAUUAAUAUAAUUGAGAAAAAUUAAAAGGUAUAACUUAACUGGGUUGAUCAAAAGAAAGAGCUUGAAAGAUAUUUUUAGGAUAAAAAUGGUUCACUUUCAUUUACACCUAAUAAUGAAUAAGAAAAUAAUGCAAAAAAGUUUCUUAAGAAUCUGUAAGAAAUCAUUAUGGUAAAUUUGAUCAAUAAGGUUGUUCCAAAGAGAGAGGAAGAUUUUAUUAUAAAACAGAAUAAAAAAUUAAACGAUCACUUUAUAUCUCAUCGUAUUAAAAAAAUAAUUUAGAAAACAUAUUAAGAUUAAUUGGAUUAAAAAUUUAUCCUUAAUUAUAUUAUACUUUCUGUGUAUUUUACAGAGUUUCUAAGAUUUUAAUACAUAAAAUGA